AUGCACACACGUAUUGGCGCCACGGACGGGAAACGGUUCAGGGCUUGGGAGGCCGAGCAGACCACAGACGGAGCCGGGCCGGUGGUUCGCCAAAAUAAGCUCGGGCGCCCCCAGUUCCUCCGGGCCAAAUUUGGAUCGGUCCGGCUGCGCGGGGAAGCAAGUGCUCCGGAGUCUCCUCGCACACAAGCUGUUUCUGAACCACGGCGUAGUUUUGCGUGCCAUGCCCUGCCCUUGUCGCGAAAUCUGCCAACGUGGGCGCCCGGCGACGAAGGGUUGAGGGACGGUGCGGGCACUCUGUGCACAAUUCGCGCCGUGUAA